AUGUUUUCAACACUCUCGUCGAGCGCCAUCGACGAUAUUCUACGCCACGCCGUCCAUUUUAGCCAAGGAACUACAGCUGGCAUUGCGGCUAUUCAUCACUAUUCAUUACCUGUUAGUAUGCCGACACCAUCAACAGCUUCUACAGCACAAAGUACGACGUCUACAGGUCACGGAAGAGGUCGAAGGAAAAACUCAACGGUGAAUCUGAUAUGCGUCGUUUGUGGGGAUCAAGCAUUCGGUAAACACUAUGGAGUGAACGCUUGUAAUGGAUGCAAAGGAUUCUUCCGUCGCAGUGUUUGGAACAAUCGUCAGUACUUAUGUCGUUUCGAGGGACGAUGCGCUAUUGCAAAAGAACACCGUAACGUAUGCCGAGCUUGUCGUCUGAAACAAUGCUUCGUAGCUGGAAUGAAUCCAAGAGCCGUCCAAUCGGAACGAGAACAGAAAGGAUCUCCAGAUCAGAACCAAGAUGUCGAAGAGGACGAUUACAAAGAUCUAUCGUCUCCAGACACGUGUUCGGUGGAAAUUCAAACCGAUGCAGACGAGCAGAAACCAACGGAUCUUGCAGUCCCUUUGCCCAGUAUAGAAGCAGAAAUGGCCAGGUUUUCGGAGCAAUUGGUAGAAAUGCAUAGAGCAGUUUGUUCGUAUGUAGAUCCUGUUGUGAAAAAAGAAGAACCAGAAAUCAAGAUGGAAACAGAAACAUGUGCUACAAAAGUGGUAUUUAUGAAUGCAUUUUUCAAUCCUGGUAUGAUGUUUCCAAGGACUCCUUUAGUUAUAACUGGAGAGAGAAUCGCCACUGUUCAAGAUGUCAUGGAUGAAUGGAGAAGGAAUUUCGUACUGUUUUCCGAUUGGCUCCGUGCUCUUCCAGAAUUUAAUCAAAUGUCAAUUCAAGAUCAGAUCGUUCUGGCUAAGAAUCGAUACGGAUCAUUUCAUUGGUGGCUAUGUGCAAACUGGACAGUUCAAGCAGGAUGCGAUGGAGUCUGCUACUCAAAUGGAGCAUAUUUCCCAAGACAAACGGAAUCUCAAUGCGUCCCAGAUGUCAAAGGAUCCAGUAGCAGAAUGUUUGAAUCAUUGAGUAUUCCAAUCAAGGAACUGCAAUUAGACGAAACAGAAAUUGUUCUGAUGCUGGCUGUAAUUCUUUUUAGUGAUGAAGUUACAGAACUUGCUGAUUUAUCGCAAGCUGGAAAAGAUCAUGUCAGACAUGUUGGCAAUCGAAUUGUUCGGAUGCUUCAUCACCAUGUGAAUUCGAAAGAUUAUGGAGAGCCGAUGGAAGAUGAAACACAGAAUGCCAGUGAGAGUCAUGCAGCUGUUAGGAUCGCCAAGAUGAUGAUGCUAUUGUCAGCCACAACGAAUCUGGUCUACCUAACAUCAGACAACAUUCAACUGAUGGAAGUGCUCCACGUGGUCCCCAGUGAAUAUCUCUGCCACGAAGUCCAACUGAUCCAUAGUCACUAUGAGACACCAUAA